UUGUGGAGCCAGAGUGUGAAAAAAGUUCUGCAACCACUUUUUACUGGUACAGAGAAGCGCUGAAUAUUUCCAGCUCUCUGUCAGAGAGCGGAGGUUUAAACUGGAAGAUGACUAUCUGCUUGCUGGCUGCCUGGGUCAUGGUAUGCCUAGCCAUGAUCAAAGGCAUUCAGUCUUCAGGCAAGAUCAUGUAUUUUAGUUCCCUUUUUCCUUAUGUGGUCCUUUUAUGCUUUCUGAUCAGAGGACUGCUCCUUAAUGGGUCAGUGGAUGGAAUUCGUCACAUGUUCACACCUAAGCUUGAAAUAAUGCUGGAGCCCAAGGUCUGGAGAGAAGCUGCUACUCAGGUGUUCUUUGCCUUAGGGCUUGGAUUUGGUGGAGUCAUUGCCUUUUCAAGCUACAACAAGAGAGACAACAACUGCCAUUUUGAUGCUGUACUGGUGUCCUUCAUCAAUUUUUUCACUUCUGUGCUGGCAACUUUGGUGGUGUUUGCAGUUCUGGGCUUCAAAGCUAAUAUCAUAAAUGAAAAAUGUGUUAUCCAAAAUUCAGAGAAGAUUUUAAAACUUUUGAAAGUAGGCAAUUUGAGCCAGGAUAUGAUCCCACAUCAUAUCAAUUUCUCAAGCAUUACAGCAGAAGAUUACAAUUUAGUUUAUGACAUUAUUCAGAAAGUUAAAGAAGAAGAGUUUGAUUCUCUUGGUCUGAAAUCUUGUCAAAUUGAAGAUGAACUUAAUAAGGCAGUUCAAGGAACUGGUUUAGCUUUUAUUGCCUUUACAGAAGCAAUGACUCACUUCCCUGCUUCUCCCUUCUGGUCAGUCAUGUUCUUCCUCAUGUUGGUAAAUUUGGGACUUGGAAGUAUGUUUGGAACCAUUGAAGGCAUCAUCACACCCAUUGUUGACACCUUCAAAGUCAGGAAAGAAAUUCUUACUGUCAUCUGCUGCUUAGUAGCAUUUUUUAUUGGCCUGAUCUUUGUGCAGCGCUCUGGAAACUACUUUGUGACGAUGUUUGAUGACUACUCAGCUACACUGCCCCUGCUUAUUGUGGUCAUUUUGGAGAAUAUUGCAGUCACACGGAUUUAUGGAAUAGACAAAUUUAUGGAGGAUCUGAAAGAUAUGCUUGGGUUUUCUCCAAGCCAGUAUUAUUACUACAUGUGGAAGUAUGUUUCACCUUUAGUACUGUUAUGUUUGCUGGUAGCUAGCAUUGUCCAAAUGGGAUUAAGUCCUCCUGGCUACAAUGCUUGGAUUGAAGAUACGGCCACGGAAGAGUUCCAGAGCUAUCCAACAUGGGGAAUGAUUGUCUGCAUAUCUCUGAUGGUGUUAGCCUUCCUGCCAGUCCCAAUAGUCUUCGUGGUGCGCCGUUGCAACCUUAUCGAUGACAGCUCUGGUAGCUUAGCAUCUGUAUCCUACAAAAGAGGCCGGAUAAUAAAGGAGCCUGUUAAUCUGGAGGGAGAUAAUACAAGUCUGAUUCAUGGGAAGAGUCCAAGUGAAGUGCCCUCUCCCAAUUUUGGCAAAAACAUAUAUAGAAAACAGACUGGAUCACCAACUCUGGACACUGCUCCAAAUGGACGUUAUGGUAUUGGGUACCUGAUGGCAGAUAUGCCUGAUAUGCCGGAGUCUGAUUUGUAACUGCAGGAAAAAAAAGUUGUUUCUUUCUCCUCGCUCACUGAUCACAGCUCUCCUACGAGA